AUGUCCAGCAACAAACCUAUUGUUCUCCGCCUCGGCGAGGACAUCAAAUACAAUCACGACUACUACAAAGACGUAUUCACAGACCGGUUCAUCGUCGUAGCCAAUGAGGAAACCGACCGGGCAUCUUUCAUCAAAGCCCUCAAGGAGAAAAAGUAUGGCGACUUCUCCGCCAUAUUCCGCCCGCAUUUCCAGAGUGGCGGCGAAAUGGGCCAGUGGGAUGACGAACUCAUCUCCCUCCUGCCUCCAUCCGUCCGCAUCUUCGCAUCCGCGGGAGCAGGUUUCAACUGGGCCGAUGUGGAUGCCCUCGGCCGUCGCAAGAUUUGGUACGCCAACGGUGCCGGCGCCAGCGACGAGGCAGUCUCAGACACGGGACUGUUUAUGAUCCUCUCCGUCUUCCGCAACUUUUGGAGGGCACAGAGGGCGGCGAGGACGUGUGAUCCCGAACAGUUCCUGGCUAUGCACCGGCUCGUGGGAGGGAUAUCAUGGAGCCCGCGCGACCACGUGCUCGGGAUCGUGGGGCUGGGGAACAUCAGCAAGAAGCUUGCCUACAAAGCUCGCACGGGGUUGGGUAUGAAGAUUCAUUACUACGAUGUUGUCCGUUCGCCGCCCGAGGUCGAGGAAGAGUUGCAAGCAACCUUUCAUCCGACGCUGCACGAACUCCUGGCGGUGUCGGACUGCGUGACGCUUCAUACCCCGCUCAAUGCUCACACGCAUAAUUUGAUCAACAAGGAAGCGCUUGCAUCUAUGAAGGAUGGGGCGCGGCUUAUCAAUACCGCACGUGGCGAGAUUGUGGACGAAGAAGCCUUGAUUGAGGCUCUGCAGAGCGGGAAGUUGUCUGCUGCUGGUUUGGAUGUGCAUUACCACGAACCGCAAGUAUCUAAGACGCUUGCGGAUAUGGACAAUGUGACUCUGACAUGUCACAACGGUGGAGCGGCUAUCACAACGCGGGUGAACUUUGAGCUGAAUGCUAUGAAGAACAUUGUUGAAGUGGUCGGAAGUGACGGCCGUCUGGUUGGGAAGCCAUUGACAACGAAACAGGAUGCCGAGCAUACGGAGAAACGUCAGGCUCUGUUGCCGGAAGAGCUGCCGCUCCCUCAAGAGUUGGAGCAUAUGGGGAUCGAGGAGUUGAGAGUCCUUGAAAGGGGUCUGACACGCCGCCUUGAUCUCACGCUGAUGCCGACGGUUUUCAUCUUAUUCCUUCUCAAUAUCCUAGACAGGAAUAACAUAGCAAGUGCCAAGAUCACAGGACUUACCGAGACACUCAACAUCACAAACGCCGAGUACAACACCUGCUUACUGAUGUUCUACGUUGGAUACUGCAUCACCCAAGUUCCCUCGAAUCUCAUCAUCGGAAAAGUCAGACCUUCUUACUACAUCUGCCUCAUCACUUCGCUAUGGGGCGUUCUCUCCAUGUCCCAGGGCUUCACCACCAAUUUCUCCCAGCUUGCCGCUGUCCGCUUCAUUCUCGGUCUGGUGGAGGCUCCGUUCCUGCCUGCUGUCUUCGUUUUGAUGUCUUGCUGGUACAACAGAAAGGAGCUGCCUCCAAGAAUCGCGAUUCUCUAUGGCGGCAACAUGCUCGCUACGGCUUUCUCGGGGCUGAUUGCCGCAGGUAUCACCUCUGGUAUGGAAGGCAAGGCAGGACGCCCAUCGUGGGAAUGGCUUUUCAUCAUUGAAGGCGCCAUGACUGUAGUCAUUGCCCUUCUCCUCCUUCCCCUGCUCACAGAUUACCCGCUUCAAAGCAAGCAUCUCUUCCUAUCACGGGAGCAUCAGCUUUACGCCGAAUGGCGAAUCCGUAAAGAGAAUGCCGGCAUCGUUGACGAAGACCCCGAGUCAAUUUUCUGGGGGCUCAAACAAGCACUCAUUGAUCCAAAGCUGUACUUCUUCAUCGUCCAGCAGAUGGCUUUGAUCACGGCGCAAAGUUUCAACAACUUCUUCCCCUCGAUUGUAGGAACCCUAGGCUACGGCCAAACAACAACGCUUCUUUUGACGUCCCCGCCAUACUUUUUUGCCUUCAUUGUUUCGUUGUGCGUGUCCUUCCAUGCAUCGCACAAAGACGAACGUGGCUAUCAUAUUGCGGUCCCCAUGAUUUUUGCCCUUCUCGGAAACCUCUUGGCCAUGUUCGUACCAAGUCUCGGCGGACGAUACUUUUCCAUGUUCCUCAUGACCGCCGGCUCCUACGCGCCUUACAAUCUCUGCGUGAGCUGGCUCAGCUCUUCUCUCCCGCGUCCCCGAGCAAAGCGUGCGGCCGCUCUCGCCAUUGUCAAUUUCAUGGCCGCUGGCGUGGCGCACUUUUACACAAGCUACAUGUUCCCCGAUAGCCAAAAGCCAAGGUACUAUGCCGGUGGCGCUGUGAUGUCCGCGGCGUGUUUGAUAUGUGCCGCCGUAGCCUUGUCAAUCAAGUACUACCUCAAGAAACAGAAUGAGAAUUUUGAAGAGGAGGAGCGCUUGGGUGUUACGAGUCAUAGUCAAAUCGCAGGGUCAAAAGCUGGGCGUGGUGGUGAAGGGGUUGUCUCUUUUCGAUAUGUGCAUUAG